AUGGAUUAUAUGGAUAAGAACAUACCGCUCAUUUCCAAAGUCUUCGAACAAUCCAACACCAGUCAACCCUUUACGUUGGCUGCACCUACGAGCUCCAGUCUAUUAGAACUUCUCAAUGUCAUUGACUGGCCUGAACCUCCAUCAGUCGUGAGUCAUGUUAAUUUCUCAACAAGUCCCAAGAACUGUCAUUACCACUUGUUAUAUCCUCGAGAUACGUAUAAAGUUGGUGAGUUCUUGGAAGUGACCAUCACAGCUCGGGAUCACAAUGGACAACCAAAGAACUAUGGUGGAGACUUCUUUCAGGCCAAGCUUUACUCCUCAAGUAUGAAGGCGGGAGUGACCGGACAGGUGAAGGACCAUGGCAAUGGUAGUUAUUCGGCCACAUUCCUGCUUGCAUGGCCGGGGGAAGCACAAGUGCACAUCAGGCUUAUUCAUUCCAGUGAAGCUGUAGAUGUUUUGAAGAAGAAGAGGGAGAGUGAUCCUGGAAAGGUCUAUUUCAAUGGGUAUUUCCACUAUAAUGGCAGCAGCGCGGUGGCGGAAUGUAAUCUGCAGGUUGCUGGAAAUGAUGUUUGCUCUUAUGUGGAUCCUGUCAGUGGUGACAGAUGGCAGUGUGUGAGACCUCAGAAGAUGCCAUGCCAUUCGUGGGUCUUUCACUCAAUGGGUGGAUACCGCAAAGUGACAAAUGCCCUGGAGGAUUCUCUGCUCGGCAAUUCUGUCACUGACAAGACUAUAUCUGGUUCCGUCCCAACAAUCGACAUCAAGCCAGAUCAGCGCUUUUCUGAGCUCCACUUUAAGCUCCCCAGCUGUAGACCUGAACAAAAGUCUGUACAACCUUCUGGAUUCUAUUAUCAAGAUAUUUGGACUUCACUGGUGUGCCAGGGACUCUAUUUCUCUCAGCCUUCAGAUGCCUUGGACUGUCUUAAAGGAAAAGACAUUCACAUGUUUGGAGACUCCACUCUGAGGCAGUGGUUUGAGUACCUGGAGAGAUUCAUACCUAGCCUCAAAAGGAUAGACUUGCAUGUUACCUACCAGUCAGGACCUCUUAUAGCCGUAGAUGCUGACGCUGGUCUAGUCAUGCGAUGGCGCGCCCAUGGAUUACCUAUAAGGACUUCCAAGACCAUGGUAGCUGACAUACACUAUGAAGCAUCCCACUUGGCAGGGAUUGGUGGAGGGCCCAAGACUGUGAUUAUUCUGACCCUGUGGGCUCAUUUUACCACCUACCCUGUGAGGGUUUACAUAGAAAGACUAGAAAGAGUCCGACAAGCAAUUAUGUCUUUGCUUUUUCGAAGCCCCGAGACAACAGUGAUUAUCAAAUCAGCCAACACAGGUUACAAAUCUAUAUAUGGCAGUGACUGGUUGUCUCUUCAGCUGGACAUGUUACUGAGGGCAGCCUUUAAUGGAACGGGGGUCAUAAUCCUGGAUGCCUGGGACAUGACAUCCUGCCACUAUCUUCCUGAUGAUAUCCACCCAGGACCUCCAGUCAUCAAGAACGAGGUGGACCUUAUGUUGUCAUAUAUAUGCCCACACUUACCGAGAAGAGACAUUUCUAUGACUCCACCGCAACCAAAAGUGAAGGUCACCUGAAUGUUCAUGUCUCAGCAAUGUUUAUGUCUCACUGAUAACUUUCAAACAAAACU